UUCAACAUUAACUCUAUCAGUCCACCAUACUACCCAAUCCGCAAUCCAAUCAUCCUCCACAUAUAUCAUUUCUACCAUCUAGAUCCCCCUCUUAAACAUGAGAAGUCGAUGAUAGAGCUUUGGGUCCUACUAUCUCGUCACAAUGCCAUCGCACCGAGGGGCACGAUGCCUCGUUCAGAUCCAGCGACAAGCUGCCAAUCGCAUAUCACACAUCCUUCGAAACCCGCCAUCGCGCACAAUCAUCCCAUCCUCACCUAAUCCCCUCCUAAACCCCGCUCAGCGGCGCUUCCUCUCCCAAACCCGACUAUGCCAAGCCCAAUCCGCCGCCCAAGGCAACUCCGACGAACCUAAGCACUCCAACGACUCAUCCACCUCUACCCCUAACCCCCGCAACUCCCGAGACGUCCUCUCCGACUUCACCUUCUCCCGUUCCUCCGGCCCCGUCACCUCCUCGCCCUCAUGGACCCAACCCCGCCGCUCGGACACCCCCCAUGUCUCCAUCGCCGAAGGCAUGCGCUCGCGCCUCCGCAAAUCCCAACGGGACCCACACGACCUCACCGCCGACUUCGCCGCCCUCCGCCGUGCUGUGCCCGCGUCCGCCUCGGCGCCCUUCCCCCACUCCGCGACCGAGGUGGAGGAACGCACCGUGCGGACGAACCCGACGGUGGGCCGCUCGAUCAAGGUGCAGCGGGAGAACGUGGGGUUGAAGGGGGACGUGGCGUACGCAAUCCGGAACUUGGACAUGACGCUGCGGCGGAAUAAAGUGAAGACGGAUAUGCAUCGGCAGAAGUUCCAUGAGCGGCCGGGGUUGAAGCGGAAGCGGGUGGCGAGGGAGAGUUGGAGAAGGAGGUUUUCAAAGGAGUUUGAGUUGAUGGUGAAGAGGGUGCAGGAGUUGAGGACGAAGGGGUGGUGAGGGGUGGUUGACUUGAGGCAUCGAUAAACGCGUCAGUGGAAGUUCACUCGUUGAUGGAGCUGGACAGGCGUGGGAUCAGAUGGGGAUUGUAGGUCUUGGAAGAUUCCGUGACCAUGGUGUUUGUCUGAGCAUUAUGUGUAAUUCCUGUACCAUGGCUUCUUGGAGGGACAUGUAUAAAAACAAGGGAUGUUCAUAGCGUUGGCAUUUAUAUCAUAGAAGGCUUUUCGUAAAUAGUCCUAGCCUUGGCUUUAUGGACCAGAUCUAGACAAAUGUACAACAACAAUCUCAACCGCUAUA